CCAAAAUAUGUCAAAUGACCUUGUCAGUUUGUAAACAAUACCUUGACUUCAUACAAAUUUAUAUAAUUUCCUACUUGCUCGUUACACGAUUUUAAUAUUUCACCUUUAUUUUCGUGUUGGGGAAAUUCCGCGUGGGUGUAAAAAUGAAUAUCGAUUUUGAGACUAUGGCGGUCUUGGAGGAGGAGUCGCAGACCGAGUCCCUCGGCGGCGGGGUGUUCGGGUCUGUGGGGACGUCGGGGGAGGGUGGGGAACGGCGCGAGGGGGGCAAGCGCGGGCGCAGGCCCGGCAGGAAGGCCCAGCUGGACAAGCAAGAUAUGAAGGCGAAGCUGGAACGCAGCCGUCAGUCGGCGCGUGAGUGCCGCGCCCGUAAGAAACUCCGCUACCAGUACCUCGAGGAGCUGGUGGCUGACCGCGAGCGUGCCGUGCUGACUCUCAGGAAGGAGCUUGACAAGUUUUACAAAUGGAACCUGGAGUUAGACCAGGGCCGCAUCCCAGAGGGCAUGGACGCCAUGCUGCAAGAGAUGGGAGUGAUCAAGCAGGAGGAGGUCAAGCCUUUCUAAUUACCCCUCACCCCUCUCCCCCAUCCUCCCCUGCAGUACAACCCUUGACCACACUCUUCUACCCUCAAAAAAUAUACCUUUUGUAUGUCCAGUCAAAAUAUCAUCCUAACAAUUAUUUUUUCUAAAAAUUCUACUAUUGAAUUGUUAUUUUUAUAACUUUUAUCACUUCUUGAUAUUGUACGCGUAUACAUAACUUUAAUAUAAAAUACACACGUAAGUAGUAACUUUUCUCUAUUGGUGUUUAAAUUACUCGGAUAUUAUCGAUGUUAAUGUUAAAAGGUAUAAUCGUAAUAUUAAGUAAUCGUAACUUUUUUUAGGCUAAGUUUAGAUAGGCAUUUUAAUGUGUAAAUAUUGCCUAACAUUGAAGUAACAAGUACCAGAAAUUGAAUAUGUAUGAGAUAAUAAUAUAUUUAACAUAUAAUUGGGUAUUUGCUACCACUCCCAAAUAAUUCUAAAGCACAAUUUUUUUAAUUAAAAAGGCACUUAAUGCUUUUCUUAAAAAGUUAAUUAAUUUUAAAUUACCUGUAAAUUAAGAUUUUUGGUUGCAUUGUAAUUGGAAAAAGUAGUUUAAUUGAGUUGACAAAAUAGGUAGUGACGUCACUGGCUAGUAUUGCCAUACAAAAUCUAUGGGAUUCUCGGCCUUUUGGCUAAGAUCAAAGUGUAGUGGAGUCUGGUUUUGACAGUUUUAAAAAGUACUUCAAUUGAUUGGUAGUGGCAAAUACCCAAAUGUGUAAUUUCUAUAAAAGUUAAAGUUUUCCUAACGGAAUUGAGUUUACAUUAAAAUAACAUCUAAAAUAUUUUUCUAUUGCGUGCGAUUCUAAACUUUUAUGUUGUUUAUAAUUUUUAAUUCAUAUUUUUGGAUAAAUAACUAGCCGUUUUUGGCAAAGCUUGUUGAUAUAAUAUUUUUUUACGCAUCUUUGUAUAAUAUUUGCAAACAAUUUAUACAAUUCACUAAAAAUCCACUAUCAUAUAAGAAAUACUUCGCAGCGUACUCCAAUUUAAUGUAUUAAAUAAAAACUAAAUAUAAAAGAAGAAUUCGGAAUGAUACUUUCAAAUUAGUUUUCUUAACUUUUUGUUCAAUAAUAAUUAUUAAUAAUAACACUACAGCACUAUUUAUUAUAAUGAGUAUUUAUAAAUUAGGCUAACACUUGGUAUAAUUAGUUAUAUCUUUUAAAGCUAAGCUUAAAUUAACUUUUUAUUAUAUCGAAGUCAUCCAAGAUGGACUCGUCAACGGAGUGAUAAAAAUUAGCUUCUUUUAAUAUAGAUUCGCCUUAAUGUUAUUUAAUUAAUAAGCCUAUAUAACUAUUGAUCUGAUUCUUAAUAUAUCUACAAACCCAAGUAAAUCCAAAUAGGUAUGUAAUAUUUUACAAUAACAUUUGAGCAGUCAAUUAUCUCAAAAAAAUCUUUACACUUCAUCGAAAAAAAUAACUAAAUAGAUAAAAAUAAAUCAAUCGACAGUUAUUAUGGCGGUAUUGUGACGAUUUCAUCGUGAUUUAUUUAUGUGAAUUUAUUCUUCAAUUUAUUCAGAAAACAAAAUAUAGUUUUUGUGAAGAUUCACUUUAGCUUCUGGAAUAAAAUAUGAGUUUAUGCUUUAUUGGUAUGUAACUAGCGGCCGCCCGCGACUUCGUAUGCGUGAACGCCUUUUCCCAUUUUACCCCCUUUUUUAAUUUUGCAAAAUCCCGUCUUAAUGAGCACCUACGUUCUAAUCUUGGGGUUCCUCCCCAUGCAAAAUUUGAGACUCCUAGCACUUGUAGUUUCUGAGAUUUCGUGAUGAGUGAGUCACUGACCUUUCCUUUUAUUUAUAUAGACUUUUUUCCAAAUAAGUCGCGAAUAAAUCGUCAGUUAAGUUUUUUCUUAUUUUUUUAUUAUUAUAACUUGAAAUAAGUAUAUGUAAUUAUAAUUGCGAAGACCUGGCAAGAGCGACCCACUAAGGUUACGAAUUUAAAAAAUUUUGAUGUAGGUCUUAAGCCAACGUAUCGGUGCGAAAUAAGUACUUGUAUAUUUGAAUAUUUUCUGAAAUAAUACUGUUUCCGAAUAUACGUUCAGGCCCAAAAAUAAAACAUUUCACUAUGCGACUCAAUAAUGCUUAAAAUUAUAUUUUCCUUUUUUAACUGAAAAAUAGUUUGUUUUAUCGAGGUAUCGACCUAAUUUGCAAUAGAGAAAACUUACAAUAAUUGGUAUUAAAUACCUUAAAUUAGUUUUUAUUUUAGUUCUUAUUUGUAUGAGUUGCACUUCCUGCGUUCAAUUAUUAGUUUUAGUUCGGUUUUUAAAAAAAUAAUUUCAUUUAUUUUACGUGGCUAAUAGUCGUUACAGUUAAACUGCUUUUUAGGUUUUAAGUUUUAGAUAUUUAGAAUGAUUUAAAUAAUGUAAAACAUUAUACUUCCAGAUGUAAGUUUUUAUCGUCAUUGCAUAUUAUUUUUGUCGGCAAUCCGCCUUAUUAUACUAACGUUUUUAAUUCAUUUUUCAAUCGUUAAGUUUUAUUUGCAAAAGAUUUGACAUGUUGAUAUUUAAUUUUCAAAAAAUGUUUUAUGGUUUUAUAUAAUUUAUUUAUAUUACGUCAAGCUUAACAUAGGUCUUCUCUCGUAUAUUUCGAAUAGCUUUUAUUUUGUGUUUGGUGUUUUAAUAAUUAUAAUAUUUUCGCGUUGUAUUUCUUAAUGUUUAUUUUGUCUUAUGAUAUUAUUGUGUGAAAAGAUAAUUUUGGUAGUUGCCAUUAGGCGGUAGAUUUGGACUGGAUGGGGCGAAUGGGGUAAAUUGAACUGAAAAGUAUCAAUUUAUACCCUGUAAGACUGUAUAAGGUUAUAUUAUAUUUUAAUAAUGAUUUUAUUCACUUAUGAAAUAUAAUGUAACCUGAUAUUUCAUAAUACUAAUUACAACCAUAAGAAAAUCCACCUCAAUUUAGAAUUUAAUGCUAGUUACGUUUUAAGUAUAUUUUGUAAGGUACCGGAAUUUCAAUCGUUAUUUGUAUAUUGUAAAUUUUAAUUGAAUAAAGUUUUUUAUUUUA